AACCUGAUGCUGCUGACGCAAAAUAUGGGAAACGAAACUUAAGUGAUGCAGGCUAUCCUCGGUUUAGCACGAGAGAGUCCCGAGUCCACAUAAAGGUCUGUGAGAGUUGAGACGCUCCAGAUGUGCUCCGGUUCAGGGAGAGGUUGCCUUCACGCAGACACCCGGAACGACGAGUGCCCGCGGCGCCGCACGCUCACACCCGACUGUGGAUGCUGAUGAGCGGCCAAGUCUCACGUUAACGUCAGAUAACAUGGAGGAAGCUCAGUCCGUGUCUGCGAUAUUACAACCUGCACGGAGAGCUGCCUAAUACACGACACAUUUGUGCAAAAUUGGACAUUUCUCAGACUUCAGCUUGCCAAAGAAAGCAACAAGUUAAUCCACUCUGAUUCCAAUCUGCAGGGGCAUUACACACUUUCCUGCAUCCAGGUGCUGGAUUAAGUAUUAUGAAUGUAUCACAAUGUCAGCUAGUGGAUCCCAACUGGUUCCACUGUUAUCAACACAUGAGCUUAAACUUGUAUGCGCUCAGUGCUCUGUCAAGGAGAAAGAAAUUACGUAUACGUUAAAAUCAGUCCACCACCAGUGUGCACGUGAUCUCCUGCUCUGCAAGGCCAAGGGUGGCAGCAAAUGGAGGCCUGUUUCUAAGCGGCCCACAUUUCCAAAUCCGAGCCAGUAUGAGGUAUGCUACUUCUUUGUGGAGGGCUCUGGUUGCACGCACCACAAGAACCGGUGCACCUUUGCCAGAAGCAGUGAGGAAGCUGCCGUGUGGACAUUUGAAAAGCAUCAGAGAUUGGACCGUGUGCAUCUCUGUCAUCUCAUAGCUCAGUCUGAGAGAGGAUCUGAUCAGCCUGAGAACCCUGAAUGUCUGGGUGACAUCAUAGCAACUCUAGAUCUGAAGGCUGUGUGUGAGCUGUGUUCUGUCAAGGAGAAGGAAAUAUCAUACACAGUUCAGUCAGUUAGUCACAAGUGCAGCCGAAAUCUGCUUUUAGCCAAAGCCAAAACGUCUAACCAAUGGAGGCCUGUCUCUGAGCGGCCUGCAUUUGGACAAUUUGGUCGAUCGGUUCUUUACCAAAAGUGUACCUUCUUUGAUGAGGACUCUAGAUGUACGCGACACGGACAGGCAUGCACUUAUGCCAGAAGCAGUGAAGAGGCCACUGUGUGGAACUAUGUUAGAGACAAAAACAUUGACAAAGACAAAUUAAUCAGACUUGUAAUUGAAUCUGAGCCUACUAAAAUAACACCAGAAAGCUCAGCUGAAAGCAUCCUUCAACAGUUUUCAGGCGAAUUCAUUGAGUUCUGUAAACACUGCUUUCAUGAACGUCCACAAAAACUGACUCCCAAAAGGUGGAAUGAAACUUGCUCAGCAGAUGCAGCGCACACCUGGGAUCCAGUCUUAGUUUAUCACCUCUCAGAGAAUAGUGGAAAGCAGAUUUACAGCCAGGUGCGCCCUCUUCCCCAAAAAUGUCAGUUUAAUUACUGCAGUCACGUCAAGCAAGGCAAGCCCUGCUGGCAUGAGGCCGGCCACUGCCAGUCUGCCCAGAGUGAGGUGGAGAUGGCCGUGUGGAAGGCAGAGCACAGCGGCCUAUCUGUUCGGCUUCAUCUCCUUCAGUUGAGCCGGCAGAAGAAUACGGAGACCAGACGGGUCAGCAUGUACUGCAAAGUUUGCCUCCUGGCCCUGUCCUCCCCAGAGAGCUUCUACAAGCACUGCUCUUCCUUGGAGCAUGCCCAGUUACUCUCCGAGGACACUACCACCAAGUGGAGAGGACGGCAGCCUCCACACAAUAUCCGAGCUGAGUUUUGGCUGUGUGAGAGACCAAAAACAUGUGAGUACGGCAACAAGUGCCCAAAAGCUCAUUCUGUGGAGGAACUGCAGGAAUGGAUGAUGCGUGCUGAGGAGGAGAAGGAGAUCCGACAAAACAUUGAAGCACAGGGUCUCAUGUGCUAUAAUGAAAGGCUCCUGGAGGAAUACAAAAACAGCAGUAAUGAAGUGUACAUUAUCUCAGAACAAGUCGAUGAUGUCAGUAUCUCUUGUGAUGAAGAAUUAACUCUGGAAUGUGAACAGAUUAAUUCAACACUGCAAUGGAACUUCCAUGUUGAAACAGAGAGACAGCUUGUGCAUGUGGCGCUGUUGAAGCAAGAGCCAGGAGCUUCAUUCACCCUUGGUGACAUCAGUCCUGUGCCCUGUAUCUACUCUUCAGGUGAACACUUUCUAAGUGAUGACGCGACGUAUGACGUCACUGUGUCUUUUACAGCCAUCAACCCAGGCCUGUAUGACCAGUGGUUAGUGCUAGAUUUUGACAUGAGACCAGUGCUCUUGAGGAAACUCAGAGUAAGAGUAGGCCAGCUGCCAUUCGAUGACACUGAAGACCAAACUGUGUACCGUGGAGCCACCUUUCAAAGUGUUGAGCGUUGGCAUCGAGGGAACAGGGUUAUCAUUCCAUGUUCAUCUAGGAAAGAGGAACAGGAGGAGCUGUUAAAGGAGUACAAGCCUCCUCAGAUAAGCCUUCUGUACAAAUCAUCAACAGCCAAAAGCCAAACACCUCUCAAUAAUGACAACUACAAAGAAAGAAUGCACCACUUCCUGUACAAUGAAGAACGGGCAGAGGACCAGGUUGUUUCAAGACUAAAUGUUUGCGGAGAAAUUACAACACUGGAUACACUGGACAAUGAUCAGUUUCCAAUGAUGAUUCCUCCUUGGGGUCAGCUGUUCUGUACUGUGUCAAUUCCUUGUAAUCUCACACCAGACACGCCUGAGGGACAGGUGCUAAAACGAAGCAUCCAGUCUGGCCUGAUAGCCCCUUUAUCUUCAGCUGGUCAAAACCGCAAAGUCUAUGAAGCCAUCAUUCUGCAAGGCCAAACAAGUGAGAACAAAAUGUAUUUGCAACUGUCCAAAAAAUGUUGCUCCGAUCUUACACUCAAAAGCAAUGAAUCAUAUCAAAUGGAGGUGCAGUUUCAGCUGGACCGCAACAGCUUCUGCACCAUGCACAAGGCUGUAGAUCUUCUUCCUGAUACAAAAAGAGUGCUACCAGACUUUAAAAGAUGUGGAGUUCCUGUGAAUAACAUCCGCUAUGAGAAGCUCAAUACAAAGCAGCAGUCAGCAAUAGACUUUAUCACAGGUACCUCCACUGUUCAAAAGUGUGUGGCACCACUCCUCAUUUAUGGACCAUUUGGAACUGGGAAAACAUUUACCCUUGCUACAGCAGCCAGACAGCUUUGUAAGCAGCCCAACAACAAAGUGCUGAUUUGCACCCACACCAACAGUUCUGCAGACCUGUACGUCAGAGAUCACUUCCAUCCAUUCUUCGACAAGAAAAAUGAGGAAAUUAGGCCUAUUCGAAUAAAAGCAAACAGUAAAGUGGCUUUGUAUGCCACAGAUGAGAUUACUUUGAAAUACUGUUUUUUUUCGGAAGAUAGACAGAAUUUUCUACCACCUACAAAAGCUGCCUUAGAUCGCCACAAAAUAGUCAUAACCACAACAACAAUGGCAAGACAUUUUCAUGACCUAAAGCUCCCAGAGGGAUACUUCACCCACAUACUAAUUGAUGAAGCCUCUCAGAUGCUCGAAUGUGAAGCCUUGAUUGCCCUUGGCCUUGCUGGGCCAAACACCAGAGUGGUUUUGGCUGGAGAUCAUAUGCAAAUGUCCCCCAAACUUUUCUCAGUUGAUGAUCAUCACCGUUCAAAUCACACACUCCUUAAUCGCUUGUUCCACUACUAUCAAGAUCACAAUUGUGAUGCUGCCCAGAACAGUAGAAUCAUAUUCAGUGAAAACUACCGCUCAACCAAAGAAAUUGUGGAGUUUGUCUCCACCAAUUUCUACGUUGGUAAGAAUGAUGUUAUCAAAGCUACUGGAAAUAUUCCAGCUCCUGCAAAUGGCCGUGCCCUAAAGUUUCACCAUGUUAGGGGAGAGUGCCUCUUGGACGCAGUGUCUAUGUCUUGGUAUAACAAAGAAGAGGUUGCAAAAGUGGUUGAAGAAGUGCAAGAGAUUCUCAAACACUGGCCAACGACCUGGGGGACCAUUGACCAAAGCUCAAUCUGCAUUCUAUCAGAGGGAUUUCAGGUUCGGCAGAUUAGGGCAGUGCUUUUGAGAAGAAGCCUUGCUAAAGUCCAUGUUGAGAAUUUAGCAAAUGUGCAAGGCAAACAGUUCAGGGCAGUCAUAAUGACAGCUGUGCAAACACGUGACAGCCUAAAAACAUCUCACCUGCCUGGUCUGGAGCUGUUCAAUGAUGCCCGUGUGUUAAACACUGCAAUGACUAGAGCUCAGUCCCUUGUGGUUGUGGUUGGAGAUGCUGCUGCCCUCUGUUGUUUUGGGAAAUGCUCAAGAGUCUGGAAGAGCUAUGUGGACCAUUGCAUCAGCCAAAACAGUGUUGCACCACAGCAUUUUACCAAAGACUUUUUUGAAAAAGACAUCAUGGAAACGGCAAGGUUUCAAAAGUCUGAACAUGUGGAUAAGAGCAAAACUCACAGUGAUGCAAUUCUUCAAGAGUUGAAAGAUGAACAUGAACAGCAGAAAACAGAAUAUAGUUCAGAUGAAGAGAGUUCGAAACUUGAUGACUUCAAUCAUCUCAAGUUAAGAUCUUCACACACAACCACUGAUGUUGACACAGACUAUUUGGAGUUAUGUAAAAAACAACCAGAGAUAUACAAGCAAGGAAAGUUGAUCAGAGAGUCAUAUAACAGAGGUUAUGUCAUACCACUUCAAAAUCCCACUAGUCGAAUAAGCAUUAAUGGAAGGGCAAACCUGAGUACAGUCUUCACUGGAGAUGAAGUGGUUGUACAGACAACAAGGGUGGUCGGCAUUACCAAGGAAGAGGAAUCAGCACGUGUACUUGUGUGCCUGCUAGAGGAUGAGGAUAACAGCAAACCAAGACAGAAUUCUGAAGAAGAAUUUGUCACAAGGAUGAUGAUGCCCAUUACAAAAUCUGCACCCAAAGUACGCAUACGGAUCAGCAAGAAAAGACGUAACUUCCUUCCAAUAUGGGAAAACACUAAUGGAUGGUGGACAAUUGUAUCCUGUGUCUAUCUCAAUGAAAAGCUAAAACAGAACAAUGUAUUUGUGGUGCAAGUAAUUUGCUGGAAAAGAGGGUAUGCUUUUCCAUUGGGGAAAGUCAUAGAUAUUCUUCCAGUCGGAAAAUCUUUGAACGAUGCACUAUGGAUCCUGAAUGAAGAAUUUAAAAUUUUACCCACUCCAUAUACAUCAGACGAGGGUUUCUCCUGGGUAGAUGAAGACAGGACAUACAGACAGGACAUACGUGAGGUAACUACUUUCACAGUUGACCCGAAAGGAGCAAAAGAUUUGGAUGACGCUAUCAGUGUCAGGGACAUUGGAGACCAAUAUGAAUUGGGAGUCCAUAUUGCAGAUGUGGCAAGCUUUGUGAGUCCAGCUAGUAAACUAGAUGAGGACGCAAAAAAACGUGGCACUACAUAUUACUGCGGUGGGGAAAAACCCACAGCAGUAUAUCAUAUGUUCCCCCAAAGCUUGAGCACUGGACACUUUAGUCUUCUGUCAGGUCAAGAUCGCAGGGUGGUUUCAUUAAUGUUCAGAGUAAACAAGAAAACAAAUGAGAUCAUUGGAAAGCCUGAAUUCCAGCUGUCACUGAUCAAUUCUGAUGAACAGUUAUCUUAUGAAGAGGCAGAGGAAACAAUCUCCAAAAAUUAUGGGAUGAUACAGAAAUUUGACACAGUAAAUGACUGUGUCACAGUGGCUUAUUGUUUUGCAAAAGCUCAAAGGAAGAUUAGACUUGGCCAUGACUGGGUUUAUUCUCAACCUGAUGAUCAGAGAUUGCCCGGAGAGCGCAAAGCCCAUCUGAUGAUUGAAGAGCUAAGUGUGUUAUUCAAUGCACAUGCAUCUGAGACUUUGAUUGGUUCAGAAAAAACCAGGUCUUACACACCCCUUCGCUGCCAGGCAAACCCAGAUCCUGAAAAGAUAGAGGAGUUAAGAAAAACAAAAUGUGCAGAAUUAAUACCACUGUCUUUUCAUGUGCGGCACAAAGUUGACCAUGUGGAACAAGAACCAAACCAUGAAAACUUCCGCAUCCUCACAAAAGUAUGGAAAGAAAUCCAGUCAGCUGCCAAAAAAGGUGAUAUAGACAAAAUGGUGGACCUGAUUGCUGCAGAUGACAUCCACCCUCUGCUUCAGUCAGUCGUUCAGCAGUUCAGAAGGUGUUUUAGUAAAUCCUAUGUCAUCCGUUCCAACUCCUCUCCGAAAGCAGGGGUUGGGCAUUAUUCUCUGAGCGUAAGAUCUUACACCCAAGCAUCAUCACCGAUACGGCGGUACAUGGACAUCGUCGUGCAGAGACUUUUGCACUCCAUCAUAUGUGACAGGAAUGUCCAAUACACUCGAACUGAGAUUUCAACUUUGUGCAGUCAAUUUGAUCUCUGUAUCAAGAAUGCCAAGGAGUAUGAACAAAAGGCUGAGCAGAUCUCCUACGCAGUGAGCAUGAAAAAACAAAGUGCUUCAAAGUUAGCCUUUGUUGUGAGCACAGAACCCAACAAAGAUAGUUUUGCGGUCUCAUUUCCUUUUAACAAGAACAUAUUUGCAGAGCGUUUAGCAAUUAUGUACAAAGAUUUACAAUUGUGGGACCAACCAUUGUAUGAUGAAGAAAAACACUGCAUCACUCUUACAUGGAAAAGGCGGAUCUAUGCAGUUGACACCAUGCAAAUCUACCAAGAGUUGAACAUGCCAGACUGUGAUCCCUGUGUUGAGCUUCCACUGACAAUAUGGAAAGCCACUGUUGAAGCAAUUGAUGAAGAAAACUGGGAUCAUGCACAGCGUCUCAUAAUGGAGGUUGAAAAACAAUAUAUUCUGCCACAAUCAUCUGAUGAGAUUCCUUAUUCCAAGACCAACACGUGUACCUCUGAGGAGCAAGAGGUUCCAAAGAUACAAAUGGGUCAUGAGGUUGACAUGAGCCUCCAGUUGCAAACAGGUGACAUCCUUCAAGUCCAAAUGACCUCAGAGUUAAAAAGAGGUUAUCACAUGCCUGCUGUUCAGUUGGUGCGCAUUAAACCAAAGUUUGAGAUUUGUGUUGAUCAUGUCCACAGCCCUAUCACAUGCUUCUCCAGUUCAGCCGAUUUCCCAUCAAGGAUUCAUUAUAGUGACAUAGAGGAGUAUAAAGAGAUCUGGGAACCGUUGUGUGACAUGGAAUCUGCUGCCACUGCAGUUGACGAAAGCGAGGGCAUAGUCAUUGAGAACCUGGUGGUAAACUUCAGUCAAGUACAGGAAGGAAUGCUAACAGGAAGCUUCUUCUUACCUCUGGCAUGGAUCAAUGAAUGUGCCAUUGGAUUUAACCUUUCAAAAUGUUUAUUGUGCAUAAGGAAGAGAGGUUUGAAGUUGACUUCACCCUUGGAACAUUCUGCAUCGGUGGACCCAAGCGAGUACACAUGGGUGGCUCAUGGUGUCACAAGAAAAGAAGAAAGGAAAAACCCUCCAAAUGAAGGAAGUAAAGUGGAAUUCUACAUCAAUCACCUGCCGAUGGAGAUAAUUCCUGAUUGUGUCUUUCAGACAAACUCUUCUUUCACAGUUGAAAUAAUCCCAAAGCUCCUGCCUGACAUCCGGAAAGAACAUGCUGUGCGCAACAUUGGAUCUGCAUGUGAUCUUGUCAAGGCUAUAGCACUUGGACAACGCAUUCCAAAAGAAGUAAGAGCAACAUGGCUGGGAGGAAAGAGGAAAGAGCUACCAAAUGUACUGCCAGAGCUUAACCUGAGUCAGCGUCUUGCUGUGGAUAUCGCUCUAAAUAAUACCUUCACUCUUAUACAGGGACCACCUGGAAGUGGAAAGACAGUAGUGGGUGUGUACAUUGUGUACUGUUUCUUGGAGCUGAACUCUAAGAACCCAAGGAAAUUUCAUGAUCCAAAGGAUGGGAGCAAAAAGGAAGUUAUUCUCUACUGCGGCCCAUCCAACAAGUCUGUUGAUGUUGUUGCAGGCUACCUGUUACGGUUUGAGGACAGUCUAAGACCCCUCAGGGUCUAUAGCCAACAAGUGGAGAUGCUUGAUUACCCUUAUCCAGACUGCACCCUUCAGUUUUCCCGGAGGACUCUCCGCCAAGAAUGUGCUAAAUUCGAGCUCAGGGGAAUCACUCUGCAUCACCGCAUGCGACAGGACCAAAACCCAUAUUCAGGUCAAAUAAAAGAUUUUGACCGACGCAUAAAACUUGUAGAAGAGCUGACUGCUGAAGAGGUGAAAGAAUACAAAAAACUUCUCACCCUUGCUCGGACAUAUGAGCUUGAACGACAUGACAUCAUACUGUGCACAUGUACACAGUCUUCCACCCCAAGCUUGAUUAAAACAGUCACCGCACGUCAGAUCCUCAUUGAUGAAUGUGCAAUGGCCACUGAACCACAGGCCUUGAUUCCAUUAGUCAGCAACAAACCAGAAAAGAUUGUUUUGAUCGGGGACCACAAACAGUUACGACCCAUUGUGAAGAAUGCACGUGUGAAGAAGCUGGGAAUGGCCAAGUCUCUAUUUGAACGCUACUAUACAAUGCGUGGGAAAAGGACAGUGAUGCUAGACACCCAGUACAGAAUGCAUGUGAACAUAUGCGAGUUCCCAUCGAAAGAAUCUUAUGAGGGAAAGCUGAAAACUGGGGUGGAGCAGCCGAGCAGUGUCCUGCGUGUUGGAGAUAAGACAAUGCCAGUUGUUUUUGGGGACAUCGAAGGAGAGACCAUCAGACUGGUUGUCAACACCGCCAAGGGCAACGAGAAUUCUAAAGCAAACAAGGAAGAGAAAAGCAAAGUGAUUGACAUUGCUGAUAAGCUGGUGAAAAUUGGCAAAAUCGAACAGCAAAGCAUUGUGAUUCUGUCGCCCUAUAAUGCCCAAGUGUCAGAAAUCAGAGAUGCGCUAAAGGAGAAGAAAAUGGAUGAAAUCCUUGUUACCACAAUCACUAAAAGCCAAGGAAGUGAAUGGCGUUACGUCAUCAUAUCGACAGUGUGCUCUCUGCCAAGUGAAGAGAUUGAGAGUGAACCCAACGGAGCUUGGCUGUCCAAACAUCUGGGCUUUGUGGGCGAUGCCAAUCAGAUAAAUGUGGCCAUCACCAGGGCCAAGGAGGGACUGUGCAUCAUUGGAAACCAGAAGCUGCUCAGUCGGAGUAAAGCUUGGAAAAAUCUCCUGGACCACUACAAGAGCCAUGAUGCAGUGACAGAUGCAAACAAGAUUUCAGUGUGUGCCAGCUAGCUCGUCUCUGUGUUGUCUAGAGAUUUGAUUUCUACAAGCAGCAGAUCAGAGCCCCCAACGCUUACACAACAAUAUGACUUCAUGUAAGAUGUAUAUAUUUAUAGCUUUUUUCUAUGGUUUCCCAGUAAGCUUGUGUGCAUUCUUUUUACAUUUUUAUAACAGAUUUUGGACCAACAUUUUAAUUGUUCUCUUUAAUAUGUGUCUGUAAUUAUGAAAUUAUACAAGUUCUAUACCAGCUGUAUCUAGAUUUUUCUUAUUUACAUUCUAAACGUUCAGGUUCACAGAGCUUUUUGUUUUGUUUUUUCUAUUUUUCUAUUUUGUUACCACAAGUUAAAAUAUUGUAUAUAAGAAAAGUACAGUACUGUGUUUUUAAGAGACUUGAUGUCUACAAGCAGCAGAUCAGAGCCCCUGCACUUACACAACAGCAUGACUUCAUGAAAUAUCUUUUAUUUCUAUGGUUUCACAGUAAGUUUGUUUGCAUUCUUUUACAUUUUUAUAAAAGAUUUUGGACCAACUUUUUAUUGUUCUCUUUAAAUGUGUCUGUAAUUGUGAAAUUGAACAACUUCCAUAUCGUCUGUAUCUAGAAUUGUAUUAUUUACAUUCUAAACCUUAAGGUUCAAAUAGUUCUUGUUUUGUUUUUUGUAUUUUUCUUUUUUCUUACCACAAGUUAAUGUACAGUUAAUACUCUUAACUAUGGACAGCUGACAGAAGAGUUCUUAAUGUUUGGAUCUUUUAAUUCAUUUUUAUGGUUCAGUUGAAUCACUUCCAGUGAAGCACUGUUCCUGUUUACUGAAUGCGUCAGCAUUGUCUUUAUUGUAGGACAGCUGGACAGUGAGGCUAGUCUGUAGUUUCUUUAUAUUAGACCACUCAUAUUUUUGUUUUUGAUACUUUUAAAUGUUCAGGGAUUAGCUUUGGCUAUGUGUUAACAUAAUUUGUAUUGUGUGAAAUUGAGAUUGUUAAGUCUUAUUACAUUCAGUGACUAGUUAAUGUGUGUACAGAAAUGUUAAAGUAGAUUUAUUCGUGGUUUGUUUUAGUUUUUUGUCUUGACCCUGAAAAUGGAAUUUAUGCGAUUUACAUUGCAUUUUGUUUCAGAAAAGACAUGUCAUAGCAGGUUAAGCACGGAUGUGUUUUAAUAGCAAGUGCAUCACAUGAGGCCAAGCCACUAUAUCCUACACUUUGGAACUGGGUCAUGAGUUAAUAUUCAUCCUUUUACUUAAAAUUUUAUUUUAUUUUUUUCUAAAACACUUUGUACCUUGGAUUUUGAAAAGUGCUCUAUAAAUAAAGAUCAUUAUUAUAACUAUA